AUUCGUCAAUUCCACCCUUCCCCAAUGGCGUUGUUGUUGGGUGAGUGCUGUAUGGGUGGGUGACCCUUCCCUUCUCUCUUUAAACGGCCUUACCUUUUUGCCCUGAUACGUAGUAGAAGAGCACACUUCGUCCUUUUUCGCUCCUUUUCUUAUUUGAUUUGAUUCAUAUUUUAUCUUUUUUUUUGUCAUUUUUGUCCAAAUUAAAGAUUUUUAUUAAAUUAAGUUCUUUAAUUAAUCAAAUAAUACUCAAUAAUUAGCAGAUUUUUAUAAUUUUAAUUUUUUCAGCAACUUAUUGCCAGUCCCAGCAAUCACAGUUGUUGUUCUCCACCAACAUCUUUUCAACAUUUACAGUCCCAACAACAUCAACAAAGACUUUCUUCAACAAAAAUGCCCUCCUGUACUUCUUCCUCUCCUUCAUCAUUACAACAACAAAAACAACAUCCACAAUCCUCAUUUUCACCAAAUUCUGGUGGUUCUACAUCCUCCCCCAAUGCUUCAACAGGAAGUGUUAAUGGAAGGCCUUUGAGAGUUGCACAACCUCCCCCAUUAGCAACAGCUUUUACUCAGCCAGCACCUUCGACUUCUUUCCCUGUUGCUUCUUGUAAUGGAAAUAUUUUUAAAGAUCAAAAACAACUUCACACUCCCUCCUCCUUCAAUUCUAAACAAAAACAUCCUCAAUUACCAACAAAAAAUUCCAAUUCUUCAAAUCAACGAUUAGGGGGUUUAAGUUAUACGGAAUUACUUGAAUUGGCGCGUAAUCAACAGAGGCAGAUAGAAGCAAAUGAGGCAGAAUUAGAUGAACGAAGAAAAGCAGUUGCACUUUUUGGUGUAGCCAGGAAAACUGCUGGGAGUGAACGGGAACAACAACAAAAUGCUCAAAUGUAA